ACAGCAUAUACUUCCACCUGGUUCCUCGUUCGCUUCGAUUGUUUGUGCGCAGUCCGUGCGAAUUCAACCUCAUCUCAUCUCUCAACCUAAGUAAGUAGUACACAUACACAAACCAGAACGAUGGACGUGGAUAUGGUAAAUGAGGCUGAUAUCCUCGCCGAUAUGAAAGCGCAGAUGGACCAGGCUGACAAUGAGUCGUCCAUGAAUGUGGAUGCACCUGUCUUCACUCCACUCUCAGCAAUCGAACUGAACGACGGUGAGAAAUCAGAGCGCCGCGUACAGGUACCAACACACCGCAUGACGCCACUCAAACAGCAAUGGCUCAAAAUAUACACACCACUUGUGGAGCAUAUGAAGCUACAAGUUCGUAUGAACCUGCACACGCGGAAGGUGGAGCUGAAGACAUCAGAAUUCACUACUGACGUGGGAGCCCUGCAGCGAGGUGCCGAUUUCCUUAAAGCCUUCAUGCUGGGAUUUGACGUGGAUGAUGCACUAGCGUUACUCCGAUUAGACGACUUAUUCAUCGAUACGUUCGAUGUAAACGAUGUUAAGAUGCUAAAAGGGGAUCACUUGUCCCGUGCUAUUGGUCGUAUUGCCGGAAAGGGAGGACGGACGAAAUUCACUAUUGAAAAUGUCACACGAACCCGAGUGGUAAUCGCCGACAGUAAAAUCCACAUUCUAGGAUCAUUCCGAAAUAUCCGAGUUGCGAGAAAUGCCAUUUGUCAACUAAUUCUGGGUUCGCCGCCCGGAAAGGUGUACGGAAAUAUGCGGUCUGUUGCCAGUCGGAUGAGCGAGCGAUUUUAGAACACUCCAGAAUAAUUAGAUAAUGUUGUAGAUGCAAGCGGGAUCGGCCGAUGUGUGUUUGCAGCCACGCGCAAUUGCGCAUGUGUAUACGCGCGUACGAGCUACUUCUCGUCCCCCCUAUCCACACGUCUGAAGGUGGAAUGGCUCCCUUAUAUAUUAAAAUAUAGAUACAUUUAUCCUUAGAAGGCUGGCUACGAAAUAUACAGAUGCUUCUUUGGAAGCUGAGUUCCUCGGAUACUCUAGGCAUUUCUGAAUAUGCUCUGUAAUAGGUGGUGUGUACCCUAUGACAAUACAUGACGAGAAAAAUUGUUGCCACUUCUAUCAAAAUGGC